AUUUAUUGUCCCUUUUCUUGAAAAAGAUACUCCAUCUACCUUGCAUUGUUUUGUACCCAAAGAAAAAAUAAUUCACACAAAAUUGAAAUUGAAUCAAUACCCAUUUCUCAAAAAUCAAUUCUUGAUUCUCAAAAAGAAUAAUGGGGAUCUUGACAAUGAAGAUUUUAUGUUUGUUGCUACUAAUUUCAAUCUCGAUUAUUGGUUGUGUGAAUGGAGAUGAGAAUGAGUCAUUUAAGAAACGACCAACAAUAGUGAAAAUGGUGAAGGGGACGAAGAUGUGUGUGAAGGAUUGGGAGUGUAACAAAUUGUCAAAAUUCUGUUGUAAUUUGACAAUAACUGAUUAUUUGGACGUAGACCAAUUUGAGCUGCUUUUCGCAAAGAGGAACACACCUGUGGCUCAUGCUGUUGGGUUUUGGGAUUACAGCUCUUUCAUCAAUGCUGCAGCACUUUACCAGCCUCUUGGAUUUGGUACCACUGGUGGUAAGAGAAUGCAGAUGAAGGAAAUUGCUGCUUUCUUUGGCCAUGUUGGUAGCAAAACUACUUGUGGUUAUGGAGUCGCCACUGGUGGACCAUUGGCUUGGGGUCUGUGCUAUAACAAGGAAAUGAGUCCGAGCCAAGAUUACUGUGAUGAAUACUUCAAAUUAACCUACCCAUGCACUCCUGGAGCUCAAUAUUAUGGUCGUGGUGCCUUGCCUAUCUACUGGAACUACAAUUAUGGAGCUAUUGGUGAAGCCCUCAAGCUAAAUCUGUUAGAUCAUCCUGAAUACAUUGAACAAAAUGCUACCAUGGCUUUCCAGGCUGCAAUUUGGAGGUGGAUGAACCCAAUGAAAAAGGGUCAGCCUUCAGCUCAUGAUGCCUUUGUUGGGAAUUGGAAACCCACGAAGAAUGAUACUUUGUCUAAACGACUUCCUGGUUUUGGCACGACCAUGAACAUUCUCUACGGUGAUAGUGUUUGUGGUCAAGGUGAUGUUGACGGCAUGAACAACAUCAUCUCCCAUUUCCAGUAUUAUCUUGACUUGAUGGGUGUUGGUCGCGAGGAAGCAGGGCCUCACGAAGUACUCACCUGCGGAGAUCAAAAAGCUUUUAACCCAUCCGCUGCACCUGCUGCUGCUUCUUGAGACUUAUUGUUGGAUUUGUGAGCAUGCCUUCCUACUUUAGCCUGAAAGAAGCAUACAAUAAUUGGAGUGAUAUUGUGAACUGUGUGAUGCUGAAACAGAUUGGGAAUCGUAAUGUGUACAAGGAUGUUGCCUUUCUUGUUGUCUAUCAUGUAAUUUUUUGGAAUUCAUUUUUUUUUUUUACGUUUAUGCAUUGUGUAGUUGAACAGGUUUGAUAAAUAUAUAUAUCUAUGUACUGUGAAGUCUAUGCCUCUAGACUGUAAUUUGUACAAGUUGAAAUUCUACUACCCUAUUGCAUUUCGUC